CACUACUACUCGUUCCCCUUCUAGGACACUCACGCUCACUUUACCCACACUCGUUCACUCAUGCGCCGCUUCUCUGUCGCCGCCGCCGCAGCGCUGCUCGUCGGCCUCGCCAGCGCACCGCUCGCCGCUUUCGCUCAAGGCAUCACCUGUAACUCUACUGUGCACUGCCCGACCACGGCCCCCUGCUGUUCCGAAUACGGCUUCUGCGGUACCGGCCAGUUCUGUCUCGGAGGCUGCCAGCCUUUCAGCUCGAACCAGCCCACAUCGUGCAAGCCCAACCCCGUGUGCAAGUCGUACACGACGGAUUUCAACGACCUCAGCCGCGUUCUGCUCAAUGCGACCCAGUAUAAUGGUAACGCCUCAAAGUGGGACUGGGUCUGUGAGUGCCGCGGACAUCCCGCCGUAGUCGUCCCACAUGCUCACAUCGCAGUGGAAAAGGGCACCCUUGUUGCCGACCCCAACGGCAACGGUCAGCGCCUUACUUUGACCCAGAGUGGCGGUACCCUUCUCUCUUCGACCCGCUACAUUCACUAUGGCCAGAUUGACUUUACGAUGCAGGCGUCAAAGUGGGCCGGUGUCGUCUCGGCCGCCAUCACCAUGUCGGAUGUCAAGGACGAGAUUGAUAUCGAGUUUGCGUCGACGCCGACAAACCAGGUUCAGAGCAACUACUUCUUCCUCGGUGUCGUCAACUACACCGACAACAAGGGUGCCACCCACAACUUUUCCGGCAACACGUUCACUGAGAUGAACACGUAUACGCUCAACUGGCAGCAGGACCAGCUCCAGUGGGCUGUGAAUGGCAAGGUCCUCCGUACCGUCACCAAGGCCAGUACCCUGUCACUGGACGGUACCCAGUACAAGUACCCCUCUACCCCCUCGCGUAUCCAGAUUUCAAUCUGGCCGGCCGGUCUGCCCACGUCUGCCAAGGGCACGAUUGAGUGGGCCGGUGGUCUGAUCGACUGGAACGACCCCGACUACGUCGCCAACGGCUACUUCUGGAACACGUUCAAGUCGGUAAGCAUCAGCUGUGCCGACGAGGGCGUCGACAACACGGACAGCACCGUCCUCCCCGACACGGUCGGUUACUCGUACACUGGUAACGACACGAGCGACACGCCUAUGGUCACGACAACAAACCACUCGACAGUGCUUGGCAGCGGCGCGCCCGGUGCGCUCUCCGCCUCGAUAAGCUUGAUCGGCAUGACGGCAGCCGCGGCCAUCAUUCCAGCCCUGACGUGGUCGUUGUUCUAGUUGCGCAGCAGCGACGAGUUGCUCGCCGUGUUGUUGAUGAUACGAUGCCCGAAUCUCCACCCCGGCUAGUGUGACACAUGGCCGGCGUGCGUCGUGCCAGAUUCCUUGCCUUGCCUUGCUCGCGCGAGUCACUGCGCGCAGUCCGUCCAUCGUAUGUUUGUAGUCGUCUUGUUUCACGCAUCCUUAUUUCGC